AUGAGUUUAACUCUGGGUAAUUCUAAUGAGAAUCCCGACUCUGUGGAAGACGAAAAUAGUACAGGCGGCGUCCUUUCUGUGGGCGACUUGCGACUGGAGCGCUCUCUGUCCAACCUGACCCGCGAGACGGGGGACAGCGUGAAGCUGCGCUGCGACGUCCGGCUGGCCUCACCCACCCCCCACCCCAUCCACUUCCGCUGGUACAAGAACGAGGCCCCCGUCGAGGAGGAGCGGGGGCGCGUCGAGAUCCGGCGCUACAAUCCGGGACCGGGCCGGACCGGAUCCCGGCUCCGCAUCGCCCGCCUCGACAUCCACGACACCGGAUACUACAAGUGCGAGGCUGGGCGUGGAGAAGCGCGGGUCGAGUCCACGGGGAUACUCAUGGUGCGGGCAGGUCGUCUGCAGCCUCCAGCCGCCAUUCCCAAUUUCCCGCCCGUGUUCCCGCAUUUUCCAGCCCUCGGGGGAUCGUGAGUACCUUCUCCUUCUUCUCUUAUUCAUGAAAUAAUGUGAGAAAUACU